CUCAGCACUGAGCAGCUCAUGUGCCCAGCUGUUUGUGGGUAUUUACCAACACUGCCAAGUCAAUUUAAAAACAUAUAGUGCACAUACGUAACUUGAAGUAGAAAUGGCUCUCACUAAAGUUUAUGAUGCUGCCACAGUGUUUAAGCACAUGAGUGGCAUUCUAAAUGUUUACAAGCCAGCCGGUAUGAAGGUAACGCACGUGCGCAAUGCUAUUCUGAGCAACAUUUGCAAGGGACUCAACGAAAUGGAGCAGAGGAAACCACGCCAGUUGCGAGAGAACAGAACCCUUUUGGGCACCGGCACCGCAGCUGAUCACGUACUACAUAACAUAGGAGAGCAGACGGAUCUAUCGGACCACCUUCUGUCCACCGGACCGCGUUACCUCCCGCGCGAUUUAAGCUGCGCCACAGUGUCCAGCCUGGGCGAUCACACGAGUGGAGUGCUGCUCUUUGGGAUCAACAGGGGAACAGGCCAGUCCAGUUCUAUUCGGAAAAAUCGACCAGUGAGGGUCUACCACCUAAUCGGGCAACUAGGCAGCGCAACCGAAAAUCACCUACCAGACUCACGGGUCACAAUGCGCUCCAACCACCGACACGUGUCUGCUGACAGGAUCAGCAGUCUGGCCGCCUCCAUGCAGGCAUCCCACCAGCGUAAGAUGUUUGAGCUCUGCGGUGUCGAUUUGCAGACCCAGGAGGCCUACGAACUGGCCUGUAGAGGUCUCCUACGCCCAGCGGAUGACAGUCAGCCCGUUGUCUACGGCAUAAAGCUGAUUCACUUCGAGCGUCCGCACUUCACGCUGGAACUGCACGCUAUCAACGAGACGCAGGAGUACUUGGCUACGCUAGUGCACGACAUGGCUUUGGACCUCCGAACCGUGGCGCACUGCUGCCAACUACGCUGCGUGCGCCAUGCCCACUUUGAUGUGACGGAUAGUCUGCUCAGACACGCCUGGCACUUGCCAGGAAUUAUCAAGAACCUCCGCCAGCAACGUGACAUCCUGAAGGCGCACCCACAGCUUCUGCGACAGCAGCGAGUCGAACUGCAAGCUACAGAGUAAUUUUGGAAAUCAUUGUAGUUAAUUGAAUAUAAAUUGUAAAUAAAUGUAGGCAGAUAAUGGAAAGAUAUAGUAUUCAAUUUUUUAUAAAAAAGGCAAUCAUGUCAAAAUUUCUGGACGGACGUUGCAGAUUUAUCAUGAUUUCAUGCUUCUUCCUACACGAGCACUUGAUAAGAAUAAUCAGAGUAGUGGUUAAAUUACAGUUUAAAAUUUGUAUUUGAAUUUUUGUAAAACAAUAACGUAAAAAGUUAGUUUAAAACUUUGUCAAUCGUUUUAAGUAUGUAAUAUUUCUAUAUCCCAAAUAUAUCGAUAUAUCCCAUAACUUCUUAGAAACGAUCGCAAAAAUCUUAAAUUCCACUGACUUUUUAGGAUUAAUAGUAAAAGAUAGAGAGAAUGCUAUUACUUAUGACCUCGACGCUGAUUCAAAAUUAUAUGCUCAAAAGGGUCAGUUGUUGUUCUGAAUGUUCUGAAAACCGACUGUUUUCGGUGCUUAAUUGCAUUAAAACGAGAUAUAUCAAAACUUUGUGAAAUUCAAUGUAUC